CGACGCCGUGGGUGACAUGGAGUGGGUCGGUCAGCCCAGCCGGUCGUGCUGCUGUCUGUAUCGGUGGCGCCUACGAUUUUGUUUCUAGCAUUGUGACAUCUGCUGCGCCGCCGGCUCAAAAGUUACCAGCAGCGGAGGUGAAAUGGCCGCACUGCAAAACUCUCGCGGCUUGAGCUUUUCGCAAGCAGGACAAGGCGCUAGUCCAUUGUCCCCAGAUCUGAAUCAGCUGCUCGUCGGACCCACCACCGCUGAUCGGAAGCAGCUCGCUCGCUCCCCAUCGUGGACGAGAGCCGGACUCUCGAACGACCGUCGUUCUCUGUCUUCUGCAGCAGCUGAAUGUUGGUGUGCACCGCGUGUAUCGAGCUCGAUGCGUGAUCGUCAUGGAUCUACCUCACCGAGUCACGACACGAGUUGCAAAUUUUGAUUUUGGCCCGGCCUGUUUCCUCGUCCCGCGUGCCAGUACUUACGAGGGUGAAAUAAUUCGAAAAUCUGCCUCUGGGACGAAGGUCCAGGGCGUGCUCUAGGAACGGAGAAGCUCAAGAAGGCCUUCUGUGUAAAUCGAGUCUUCAGUUCGGCGGGCCGGACACUUUCCUUCAGCUUUCCCCCAAUUUAUCUGCACCAUUCUGAGAUUCCUACAUCCGUCGCAGCUGUAAGCCCAACGAUAAAGUUUAUCUGUUUCAAGUGGUGCUCGAAACUAAUGGUACUAAGAGUACCAUUAGUUUCGAGCAGUCAGUCAGUCACUCCCUCACACUCACAUGUUAAUUAACGCCGCCAUUGCACGCAGCUUUGUUGCCAACGAAUUCUCAGAGAGAGAGAUCACGAAUAUGUGUGUGAGUGAGAGUACUGUGCCUCAUGGCGGAAGAUUACCCGUGCCUGAAACACUGACAGUGCCUGCGGAGAACUCGCGGUUGCAAGGCUAUCGAAAUGCCGAUCAUGGCUAAGAAAUUCGAACACUUGAGUGUGCGAAUGUCGCCAUCGAGUGCCACUGAAAUUCGCACAAUCAGGUGUUCGAAUUUCUCCAUCGAGUGCAUCGUGGUCGACUCUCGGGGCUCUUCGCAUUCGUGGCAGAACGAGAUGAUCCGUCUCACGCAAUCCUACAGUUAUCGAGCACGAAGGGGAGAUAUAAUCCCAGAGGCCUCGUAAGCUGUCGCUGUGGCAGCUGACUCGCCUCCCGCUCCCGCAGCGCUGGAGCGUGGACUCGAGCCUCGCCGAGUCGGACAGUGAGAGCGGAAGCUGUGGCCCGAGAGCUAUUCAAGCCGCACUGUUAUAGGCACAGGCACAGGGAUGACUCGUGCCCACAGUGGAUGUCUUCGUCUGCAUCGUGCAAAUUGAGACGGCUCUGACCUCGGGAAGGCGUCGACUGCCAUGAGACGAGAGUGGAGGCCGGAGGAAGGGAUCUGAGUCUGCUGCACGUGGGUUCACUGUCGAUCGCGCUUCGGCUCACCGCAUCUAUCCAUCCCAACAGGACAUGCCUUGUGCGAAUGAUGAGUCGCCUGAUUUCAUACAGCUGGACAGACAUUCAUUCACUCACUCGUACAUUCCUUCCCAUGAGCUCGUGUCGUCUGCGGUCGGAAUCUCCGGACACCGAUGGGACGAGACCGUCGCGAGCAUGAGCACGAGCAUGGGAAUAGUCUGCAGUGCUCGCGGCUGCUGGAUUACGGACUCUGCCCUUUCCUGUCCAGCUUUAGUGUACUCCAUCGGGCGUCUCAUUUCACGGGCCAGUGGCCGAACGAGGCGUUGGCCAUGUUGUCGACGCCACGAUUGCCACGAUCCCAGCACCUGCAUUCCUCCUCUUCAUCGCCCAAUGUGGCGAAUUUGACAUCAGCCGUAUCGAGGACGACGACGAGGACGAAGACUAGAACGAAAACGAAGACGAGGACGCGAUGACCAAACGAGUAGACGGCGAACGAGAACGGCAGCAGCAAGAGCAGGAGCACCAACUCGUAGAUGACGAUGAGGAUGACGAGGACGAGGGAGAUGAUGGUGGUGGCGGCGGUGGCUCGCAGCUGCCGAAACGAGAGAGCGAGCAAGAGCACGAGCACGAGCGCGAGGAGAGAGCGACGAAUUAUGUCGGAGCUGGGUACAUCGAGCGAUUGUCGUUCAGGUGGUUGAAUCCGCUUCUGAGAGAUGGAAGACAUGGCGCUCUGGGCGCGAGUGACGUGCCGGAGUUGGGCCCGGAGCUCGGGGCUGAGCGGGCGCACGCGCGGUUCGAGAGCGAGUACGAGGCGCGACGGGGGAAGGGAGGCGCGGGGUGCGCCAGCAGGGCCUUGCUCUGGACCUUCAGGCGGGAGCUCGCGGUCACGGGCGCGCUGGCGCUCGUCAAAGUGAGCGUCAUGUACGUGGGGCCGCUGCUCAUCGCGCCGAUCGUCGACUGCGUCGCGGGACGCGAGCGCUUCCGCUUCGAGGGCUACGCGCUGGUCGGCGCUCUGCUGGCGGCCAAGGUCGCGGAGGCGCUGGCCGGGCACCACCACAACUUCCAGAGCAACAAGGUGGGAAUGCUGGCGCGGGCGGGCCUCGUCACGGCCGUGUACCGCAAGGGGCUGCGCUUGACGGCGCACGCGCGGCAGUCGCAGGGAGGCGCAGGGCGCGUCGCAAACCUCAUGACGGUGGACGUGCAGAUGGUCGCGGACAGCCUCGUGCAGCUGCACUGCGUCUGGACGCUGCCGCUGCAGGUGACGGCGGCGCUGGGGAUCCUGGUCUCGGUGGUGGGCGUCGCGUGCGUCGCGGGGAUCGGCGUCAUGCUGCUGUCGAUCGUCGUAAACCUGCGCAUCGUCCAGAGCAUGCGCGGGUUCCAGCGCCGGAGUAUGGCCUUCAAGGACCGGAGAAUGGCCGCCGCCGGCGAGAUACUGAGCAACAUGCGCGUCAUUAAGAUGCAGGCCUGGGAGGAGCACUUCGCCGGGAAAGUGGCCGAGGCGCGCGACGCCGAGCGCCGGCUGCUGGCCAAGUUCAUGUACUGCUUCUCGGCCAGCAUCGCCGUGCUCUGGUCGGCGCCAGUGGCCGUGGCCGUGGUCACCUUCGGGCUCCGCGUGCUGCUCGGCGCCCCGCUCUCUCCCGGCGCCGUGUUCACGGCGCUGGCCACCUUCCGCAUCAUGCAGGAGCCGCUGCGCCUCUUCCCGAACGCGCUCAUGAACCUCUCGCAGGCCGCCACCUCUCUCCGGCGCCUCGACGCCUUCUUCGCCGGCGACGAGCUCGAGCCUGCGCCGGAGCCCGUGUCCCCGCGGGACCCCUCGGCGCUCGCUCUGGAGAUCCACGGCGCCUCGUUCCAAUGGGACCCUCGCGCCCCGACUCCCACUCUCUCCGGCGUCAGCCUUCGAGCGCCGCCUGGAUCGCUCGUCGCCAUCGUGGGCAUGGUCGGAUCCGGCAAGUCCUCGAUGCUGUCUGCGAUUCUGGGCGAAGUGCCCAAACUCUCGGGCCAGGUGAGAGUCAGCGGAACGACAGCGUACGUAGCCCAGGGAGCAUGGAUUCAGAACGCCACCAUUCAGGACAACAUUCUGUUCGGAAAGCCUCUGAACGAUGCCAGGUACCAGGAAACUCUGCGGGCGUGCGCGCUGGUCGAGGACUUGAGGCAGAUGACGUUCGGCGACCAGACUGAGAUCGGGGAGAGAGGGAUCAAUUUGAGCGGCGGUCAGAAGCAGAGAAUUCAACUCGCCCGGGCGGUUUAUCAGGACUCCGAUAUCUACUUGCUCGACGAUGUGUUCAGUGCUGUCGAUGCACACACUGGAAACGAGCUGUUCGAGAAAUGCAUCAAGCAAGCGUUGGGAACGAAGACCGUGCUUCUGGUGACACACCAGGUCGAGUUUCUCAGGGGAGCCGACAUGAUAGUGGUUAUGCGGGACGGAGAGAUCGUCCAGUCGGGAACGUACGCAGGGCUUCUGAUUCCUGGAACGGAGUUCCAUGCACUAGUGACGGCCCAUGAAGAGUCGAUGCAGACGGUCGAAGGUUGUGAGGACGAUGAAGACCGCCCUGAUCUGUCGUCUUCGGUCUCGAAACGCAGCACACUUUCCAGGAGAAAGAGCUCGACUCGGGAAUCGGGUGCUCCAGCUCCGAAGCAGGAAACCGCAAAGCUGGUGGAAGACGAGAAGAAGGCCACGGGUCACGUCAGCUGGCGCUUGUACUGGCUGUACGCCACCAAAAUUCUCCACGGGGCCCCAUUUGCAUUGCUCCUCGUAUUCCAGUGCUGCUGGCAAACCGCAUCGAUCCUGAGUGAUUACUUCAUAGCGGAUGCCACUUCAGUUCGCAACUCCAGCAGCUUCGAGCCCAAACGCUUCAUCUUGACCUACGCUCUGAUCGGAGCUGUUUGUGGGCUUUUCAUUACUUUGAGAACCUUCCUUCUCACGUUCUUGGGUCUGAGAACAGCUCAAGCUUUCUUCAGCUCCCUACUGGAAACGAUCCUCAGAGCUACCAUGAGUUUUUUCGACACCACACCGACCGGAAGAAUCAUGACGAGGUUUUCCGUCGACCAGUCGAACGUGGACACGCUUAUAUGCAUCCUAAUCGGGGCUUGCUUGGCCAACAUCUCCCAGACUUUGGGGAUUUUGGUCGUCAUGUGUCAAGUCAACUGGCAAAUGAUUAUCAUCAUCGUGCCCCUGUUCUUCGUGUUCUGCUCCUAUCAGAGAUACUAUCUCGCGACGUCUCGAGAGCUCACCCGCAUGGACUCCGUGACAAAAGCACCGAUAAUUCACCACUUCUCGGAAAGCAUCGCUGGUUUUCAAACCAUCCGCGCUUUCCGAGAGCAGGAUCGAUUCUGCAAGGAGAAUGUGAACAAAGUGAACAAUAACUUGCGGAUGGAUUUCCAUAACAAUGCUGCCAACGAGUGGUUGGGCCUCCGUCUUGAGAUGAUCGGGACGAUCGUGCUCUGCCUUUCUGCCCUACUGAUGGUAAUGGCUAGAGAUUACAUAAACCCAGAUCAUGUCGGUCUCUCGCUCUCAUAUGGCAUGGCCCUCAACACCUGCCUGUACGGUGUGGUCUACCAGUCAUGUCAGUUGGAGAACAGGAUGGUUGCUAUUGAACGCAUCGAUCAAUACUCGCGCAUCCAAACUGAAGCUGCUCUCAUCGUCCCGGAGAAUCGCCCCGCGGAAGGUUGGAUCGCACACGGGAGCAUCAGUUUCCAGCACCUCGAGGUGCGUUAUAGAACGGAUACACCCCUGGUCCUGAAGGGGAUAAGCCUCGAGAUAAGAGGUGGCGAGAAAGUUGGUGUGGUGGGACGAACGGGGAGUGGAAAGUCCACAUUGAUUCAAUCUCUCUUCCGGCUCGUGGAGCCGGCUAGAGGUCGCAUUACGGUCGAUGGAGUCGACAUCGGUACUAUCGGUUUAAAAGACCUAAGACCGAAGCUCGGAAUUAUCCCACAAGAACCUUCUCUUUUCCAGGGUACGGUUAGAAGCAACCUGGAUCCGUUAGGUGAGCAUUCCGACGAGGAAAUUUGGGAGGCACUGGAGAAAUGUCAACUGGCUGAAGUCCUGAGGCAGAAGGAGGGAAAGCUCGAUUCGGAAGUCAUGGACAACGGCGAGAACUGGAGCGUGGGGCAAAGGCAGUUGUUUUGUCUGGGGCGUGCACUCCUUAAACGCUGCAGAGUUUUGGUGCUGGAUGAGGCCACGGCGUCAGUGGACACCCACACGGACAGCAUCAUCCAGAAGAUCAUCAGAACCGAGUUCAGCGCGUGUACCGUGAUCAGCAUUGCUCACCGUAUUCCCAGUGUCAUGGACAGCGACAAAGUGCUGGUGCUGGACAAAGGAUAUGUCAAGGAGUUCGAUUCACCCUCCAACCUCCUGGACCAGCCCAGUUCACUCUUUGGCGCUUUAGUUCGAGAAUUCGCUGCGAGAUCCGGCAAGGACCAGGGUUUAAUUAUCCUGGAGGAGGCAGAGCAUUGCAGGACUCUGGAACAUCAAAAUUCCCGGGGAGCGUGAGGUGCUAUUUCACCCAGCAGUACCCGAAGCAAUACAAAAUUGGUCAUGUAUCCAAGAGUGUGGUGAAACCCACACCACACCCCACCCCACCCCCAGAAAAGGUGCACAGUGGAGGACAAUUUUGACAGUUUUGAACAAGGAGUAGGAACUGGACACAUGGUAGGAUCGAUCUAUUACUGACAAAACUUUUAGAUAGAGAUUUGGUACUAUCAGAUCCAGUGAUCAUCUUUAGUUUGGAAUCCGGUGGACAGAACCUGCAGAUCGUCACCAGCACUACAAUCUGUUUCUGUCUAGGCGCCGUCACGAGGCACAUAUCACUUGGGCCAAGGGCGUCGUCAGCCACCCCCAGCAUGUUCUACAGGAGAUGCCCUUCGUUCUAGCUCUCUCCAGCAGCAGGUUUUCAACUCUGUUUUCGAUCUGGGGAAGAGCUGAAAAGUGGUGUGAAAAGACUGCCGUGUGCAGAGCUUGUAUUCUCCUGUGGCCCAGAUAUCGUAUUCCUACAUUCAUACCUGGCCAACUGGCACACCAUCUCACAGAACUCGACAUUGCUAGCGCCAAGCGACUUAUGUCAGUAAAAUAAAAAAAUUUGUGACAGUCAGUCAAACAGCUAUCUCUGUCAUCCGAGAACACGGUACAGGUCGAUCUGAAACUGCACGGACUUGUUCGUCUAAGUCAACCGGCUGGUGCCGACAAGUCCAGUGGACGGUGGAAGAUAAUCUUUGAGUCAUCUCUUCGAUUCAAGGAAGAAUACGAUGUCCUUCUGGACUAGGACGUUCUCUCCUCAUACGGUCCCUCCAUGGAGCACUGAUUUGCCAUACGCUAAACUUCUCUGUUGUGAAAGUGGAUCGCGUGAUGCCCUGCGAGGGCAGACUGUUGCAAUUUUAGCAUUGAUUUGUGGAGGUGUAGACGCUCAGUUGAUGGCUAGGCCGGCCAGAGAAAAUAGGUGAUCAUCCUCCGUGAUCACGGCAGAUCGGCUCGUGCGAAAGUCAAUGUUCAGUUGCAGAAUGUCAUCCAUUCACACUUCGUCACUGCCCCGCGUGCUAAAUCAGAGCAUCAGAUCGGUAUUCACGACCGAAGACUUCUACAUCGGAAUUUCCUUGACACAACUCCGAAAGCCUCCGAGCAAACAAAUCGUGACGCCUGACGUUUCUGCCAAGCGGACGUGCAGUGUUGACUUCCAACUCGUCUGCUUGAACUCUAUCUAGUCUAUCUAUCUAUCUAUCUGAGCUCCCUCUACUCUCUUGCAGCGCAUGCUCACGCGGCUUUCCCCCACCAGGACGAUGAAGACGACGACGACUUGUGCAUUGUACGAGCCUCGAGGCUCACACAGGUCUCCAACACUCGAGGGAUGGCUGGCUGGCUGGCUGGCGUGCCUGCUCGUGCAUGUUCACUCCCCAGUUCUCUGUCGACAUAUGAAUGAAGAGCUGAGAGUUUGUAGCUGUCUACGGGGAUCCAUCACAAGCCAAGUCACCGGUGAAGUCAAUGCGGUCGUACAUGACUCACCCGAUCCAUCGAGGUAAAAGUGAGACACUGUAAAAGAGUUUCCCCCCUAUCCCGGUGGAAAGGAAGACAACGGUGUCAUAGAUUUGUGAUUCUGUGGGAUCCGGAGGUCCAACUGGCCUGCCAUGUAAGUGCGCCUCCAAACGGGACCGCCUGCCAGAGCAAACUCGCUGCCUGCUGCCUUCGUCCCUGGUGAGCCAUGUCUGGCAGACACAAACAAACCAACGGGCAAUACCAACUUCAUCAGGUCUCCUCAUCCUCCUCCUCUCUGCCUAUUGUACCUGGACGGAUGAACUUGCAGCGAGGCUUGAUCCUCGAGCACCUUGGCAACAAGAGAAUUGGAUCAAGUCUACGCUCGACUUCAGCUACCACCUCGUACUCACCCGCACCUACUGUCACUUCUCCUCACUUCCCACGCCACGCACAGGACGCUUGACAUCAUCUUCUAUUCAUGCUAGACACUGGAGCAGAUGGUGAUGGUUGGAAUUGUCCUCUCAGACGGGGCGGGUAUUGCACUUCGACACCCAGAUGUGGGCGAUGCCAACCGUCUACCGACCAAUGGCCUACCCUCAGUGUACUGGCCUUGACUGGGCUGUACUGAACUCAUCUCAUUCCAUCUUAUAACGAAAAAUCGAACGUACUCUUGCACUGCACCAAUCCGAGCCGUCAUGGGUGAGCUCUGAAGAAGAAAAAUCUCCUUCUGAGCUGUCCCUCAUCGUCUGCAGUGCAUGGAGUUAUUUCGAUUCGCCUUGUAUUGUGUGUGUGAGUGUGUGCAGCCCAGCCCUACGGGUGCUGAAGUCGGAUCGUCUCGUUUCAGCGCACCAGGUUUGCCUCGCUCCUUACAUUCAUGGCUGGUGGUCCUGGCCGGACUAGAAACCUCGUGAGGUUGUCGAUUACCUGAGUACCUGAGAAUGAGAAUGAUGGUAAUUGUUUUUACAUAUGUUACAGCGUGGACUGGUGUCAGUGGUCACACAUGCUCCAACAGAUGUAAAGCGAUGCGAUGCCUGGAUCCAAAGUGGAAAGAGCGCACCUGAGCUCGUUUGCCUCUAUCUCUCCAUCGUGGUUUGGCUUUCGGGCAUUGACUCAGUUUGUCCCUUAGUCACACAACACCGAUCUCCUCUGAUCCGAACUUUUUGUGUUGCUUUAGUAAAUCUUCUGAUGCCUUUGAGUCUUCCCCACACCCUCUACGAGCCUCUUAUUUACUUUAUCCUCUUUUUAUCGUCUCCACCCAAAGGAGAGCUAUGUUGAAAUCACUUGAUACAUAAGAAAUUGUCGUCCAUCCUCUGGCCGCCAGUCUACAAUCAGCUUAGGGUCUUGUGGUCUUCCUCAACUUCCGGAGAUGAUUCUGAGUUCCGAGGGUUGAUACCUUGUACGAGGAAUCCAGACGUUGAUGAUUCAUUGCAAGGGUAUGGGGAAAGGUCGUUGAGUGGAGUGCCCAUCUCCAAUUCGGAGCUGUACAUGAA